AUGGCAUAUGUGCUUAGAGCGUGCUCACAGGCUCUCGUUUUUGUAAUCGUGUCGCUGUUGGUUAAAGCAGAAAUAGAGGUGUGCAAGAAAGGAGAUGUGACUGUGAGCCCUUCCCAUGUAAUUUCCCUUGGAUCAUCAGUUAAUAUUUCGUGCUCUUUGAAGCCCAACCAGGGCUGCUUCCCACAUUCCAGUUUCAACCAGUUAAUCCUCUAUCAAGUCAAGAACAGAAUCAAUAGUCGGCAUGGUGACUCUCUCAGUUCUCAGAUCACAGGCCUCACUCUGGGUACAACUCUGUUUGUCUGCAAACUGGCCUGUAGAGGAAAUACUGAGAUUAGCAUAUGUGGGGCAGAGAUCUUGGUUGGUGUUGUUCCUGAACAGCCUCAGAACUUAUCGUGUAUACAGAAUGGAGGACAUGGGACAGUGGUCUGCACCUGGGAAAGAGGACAUGACACCCAUCUAUUUACUAAGUACACUUUAAAGUUAAAUGGACCAAAAAAUCUAACUUGGCAAAAGCAUUGUAAUGGCAAUUAUUGUGAUCAUUUGGACAUUGGAAUCAACAUCCCUGAAUCAUCUGAAUCCACUUAUGUAGCACAGGUUACAGCUAUCAAUAGUCUUGGAAGUGCUUCUUCAUUUCCAUCUGUGUUCACCUUCUUUGACAUAGUGAGACCUCUUCCUCCGUGGGACAUCAGAAUCAGAUUUGUAAAUGCUUCUGUGAGCAAGUGCAUCCUUCAAUGGAAAGAUGAAGAACUGGUGCAGCUUAAUCGACUCAGAUAUCGGCCCAUUAACAACACAUCCUGGAAUAUGGUUAAUGCUACAAAUGCCAAAGGAAGACAUGACUUGCUGGACCUGAAACCAUUUACAGUAUAUGAAUUUCAGAUUUCCUCUAAGAUACAUCUUUACAAAGGUAGUUGGAGUGACUGGAGUGAAUCAUUGAGCACACAAACACCAGAAGAAGAGCCUACUGGCAUAUUGGAUGUCUGGUACAUGAAACAAUACAUUGACUACAACACACAACAGAUCUCUCUUUUCUGGAAGAAUCUGAGUGUAUCAGAGGCAAGAGGAAAAAUCCUUCACUACUGGGUGACCUUGCAUGAAGUGACAGGAAGGAAAAUCACACUAGAAAACAUCACAGAAAAUACCUCCUGGACCUGGAUUAUUCCCAGAAUUGGGAAUUGGACUGUGACUGUAUCUGCAGCUAAUUCAAAAGGCAGUUCCCUGCCUACUCAUAUUAAUAUAACGGACCUGUGUGGGGCAGAGUUGCUGGCACCUCACCAGGUUUCUGCAAACCCAGAGGGUCUGGACAACCUCAUGGUGAGUUGGGAACCUCCCGGUAAAGCUGUCCCUGCUAUCCAGGAGUACGUUGUGGAAUGGAGGGAGGCUCAUCCCAGAGGGGGCACAGAAUCCCCUCCAAACUGGCUGCGGAGACCCCCUAACCACACAUCCACUCUCAUUUCAGAAAACAUAAAGCCCUACAUCUGUUAUGAAUUCUACGUGCAUGCAUUCUCGGGGAACCAGGGAGGAUGCAGCUUCUUUAGAGCUGACUCUAAGGACAAAGCACCACUGAGUGGCCCCCACAUUAUCGCCAUCACAGUAGAGAAGCGAGGAGUUUUGAUUUCAUGGAAUAGAAUUCCUGCUCAGGAGCAAAUGGGCUGCAUCCUUCAUUACAGAAUAUACUGGAAAGAACAGAACUCUGAUUCCCAGCCUCAGCUUUGUGAAAUUCCCUACAGGGCAUCCCCAAAUUCACAUCCCAUAGCCAGUCUGCAACCCAGAGUGACAUACAUACUAUGGAUGACAGCUCUGACAGCUGCUGGGGAAAGCCCCCAAGGAAAUGAAAGGGAAUUUUGCCUGCAAGGUAAAGCCAAUUGGAGCACAUUUGUGGCGCCAAGCAUUUGCAUUGCUAUCAUCACAGUGGGAAUUUUCUCAACACGUUCCUUCCGGCAAAAGGCAGCUGUUCUCCUGUCAGCCCUCAGACCUCAGUGGUGUAGCAGAGAAAUUCCAGACCCAGCAAAAAGCAUGUUGGUAAAAAAGUGUCCCAUUGCAGAGGAGAAGAUGCUCCUUCAUUUAGACAAGCUCCUGACAUCCCGUUCCAUCGCUGAAGAGCCUGAACCCCUUGUCAUCAAUGAAGUCCUCUAUGAAGGAGCCCCAGCCUUCAGACCUAUCCAUCGCUCCAACUGGUCAGGAGGACAAGAAGUCCAAGGUCAUUACACCUCUGAGGAAGACACAGGAUACAGUGCUUCCAGGCCAUCUCCUCCAAGAGCUCUCACAACAGAGACUCAGCAACUUGUGGACCUAUACAAGGUACUGGGCUGCAGGGGCCCUAACUCAAAGCUGGGAAACCCAGCUAGCUCCUUGAUGGUUCUCCCUGUAGACUACCUUCCCACGCAGGAGGGCUACUUACCCUCCAACAUAGAUUCUCUCCCUUCACAAGAACCCAUAAUAGACUCUCUGGAAGAACUAGAGCAUCAGCACAUCUCUCUUUCCAUUUUCCCUUCAAGUUCUUUUCACCCUCUCAACUCCUCCUAUGGUGAAUUGACUCUGGACCAGUUAAAGAUGGGUUGUGACUCCUUUAUGCUAUGAGAGACAAAGCUUGAAGCAUGGAAAAUCAAUGUGCUCCCAACCAGCAUGGCAUGCCCUACCUCCCACCCCUAUGCUUCCAUAGUGUUGCCUCGUUAUCAUCAGCUCCAGUUGCAGCUGGAGGAUAAACAAUCCAGCAGGAUGAAUCUCUGGAGCUGAGAAUGACUAUCACCUGGAGUCUUAAGAUUAAUUACAUCUACUGCCAAUCUACAGACUCCCAACUUUUUUAGCUAUGUUGGCAAGAAAGGGAAAGUGAAAACCAAUUGUUAGAAACGACAACCAGUCCAAAAGAUCGUUCUUACAACUAUUUAUAGAACCCCUACUACACUCCAGGUAUUAUGUCUAGAUCAGUAGAGUCCAGAAUUUUCUGAGAAGUGUGUUUAUUACAUAUAUAUGCUUCAAUAGAGUGGACACCGAGCAUACUGUCUAUCGAAUACUUUGCAGUAUCUGGGAUGACUAACAAACUGAAUUUUGAUUGUAAUUCACAUGGUUAAUGGCUUCUGCUUUGGAGAGCAUAGCUUUAGACCAAAACACUACAUGAAGAAUUACAGGGAAUUUUUAUAUAUCAUCCUAGUUUUACUGAUGUAAUAGAAUCUGGUGAACACCAAAUGAAGUGUUCUAAGGUGGUCAUGAUUGUCCUCAUUUGUGGAAGCCUAAAAUUGUAUUUUUCCCCUAAAAAGCAUCAUUUUGCCUUUACCCCCUCUGUGAAUCAAGAGUAGCUCAGUGGUUUCUGCUUUGUCAUAAGGGAGCAGGCCAAAUGUUCUGAUCCAGUCUUUUUUUCUACCACUGAUGGUGCUGCCUCCCACCAGUGCUAUCUCAGAACUUUUCUUGGUCAUCCAGCUAGUCCUCAGACAGUUCAAGUUGAGCCUGAAGAUACUAUUCUUUCCCAAGGCUGAAGCUUCAAACAUGAUUCAUUUCACUCCUUUCAAACUGAUGCCUUUGGCUUAUCAAUCUUCUCUUUCGCACUGCUGCCUCUAUCCCUUCACUAUAGGCACUUCUAAGCUGGUGGGGUAUGUGUUGGUUUAAGUGUAUCCAAAAAAACAGGAUGAAAGGUCCAAAAAGAACUUUUUCUUAAAUCUGUCAAGCCUGGGGCAACAGGUGGGGGAAGAAGGGGAGUGUAGGAAUCCAGACCAGUCCCACUGUAACAGAACAGCUAUUCUUAGCAUUUCCUGAGCUCUAGAAAUUAAAAUGAUAAACAUUUGCUAUACUUGUUUUACUCUUGACCCAUGAUUCUGGCAUUAUGCAUUUUCUCCCAGGCUUCCUUUGAAAAGAUAAGCUCCAUUUUCAUCUCUAGUCUACUGUAUUUAGCUACUGCAGAGCACUCACAUGAAGCUUAUAGCUAGUGCUACCUUAUCUUCACCCAAGACGUGGUAGCCCUUGUUUACAAGAGUGAGGACGAGGCCAUCUCCUCAGAAACUAGCCAAUGUAUUAUUACCAAUAGCAGUUCCUUGACUCUCUUGCAGAUUACCUGACAAUUCAACAUAGUCACUGUUCCCCACUUCCUACCCACCUUGUGCCAGACAGUUCCAUCUCCCUCUCCCUUCCCUGAAUGCCUGGUCAUUUGUAUUCAUAUGAUGAACAGGAGCCAUCCUUGAUUUACUUAGAGGCUCCUUCUGGGAUAUGGAGGCUUCCUCAAUGUUCUCCUAGUAGCAUAUCCACACCACUACUUACUUCUGCUAGACUAUAAACAGGAAAGCAGGGACCAUGGCAGGCUAACCAAAAAAUGUAUAAGAUUGGGGCCUCUCUGGUGGCGAAGGGGUUAAAUUGCAGCACUAUC